GGCGGGCCGGGCCGGCGGGACCGCAGGUAGCCGGCUGAUCGCGAGCGGCGGCGUGUGCGCGGGAGCGGGGCGUGCCGUGGGAGACUGCCGGUGGUCGCGAUUACAAAAGGUGCGCUCUGACCCGGGUUCUGCGUAAAGGCCCUGCUUACCUUCCUACAGCACCUCGUUCUGGCACCUUCCCCCCGCCCUCCCUUCAACAAGUUCUUCGGAAGGUGGAAAACCGUCGUCACUCUCCUGCUCUCCCUUUGUUAAAGUUGCCUUAUUGCGGGUUGACUUUUAACCGUGCGCCAGCGCUGGGCGCCCUACAGUGGGCUUUCUCUAAUUAGGAAUUUCUUAAUGUUUCCCAUUUUGGGUGGGGGGGAAUGGAAUGCAAGCCAGAUGCACAAAUUCCCCACCCUCUUUCGGAACAAAAGAAUUUUCCGAUCCUCUCGGAGUAUCCUGGAGCAGCUUGCUGUAAUUUAUUGACACUGACCAAUGCCUGAAGCUUAGUAAGAGAAGUUAUAUUUUGUCAUCCUUGAAAGCAAAAAGUAUGAGACUGACUGUUGGAAGUAUCAUUUUCCCCACCAGAUGGUGAAGACAGAGAUGAUGUGGUGCUUCUGGAACGCUGGGCAGCAAGCACGUGCCUGACUAGGCUGGCGGUGGUCACAGGAGGUGCGUGCGGGAACCCUCUCCCGCCGGCGCUGCACGAUGCGGAGUGAGGAGCUGCCGGGGACCGCGGAGCAGGGCUGCGGGCCGGACGACGCAGUGGCGCCUCCAGGCCGCCUGGGGGCGCCGUACUCCGAGGCCUGGGGCUACUUCCACCUGGCCCCCGCGCGCCCCGGGCAGCCUUCGGGCCACUGGGCCACGUGCCGCCUGUGCGGGGAGCAGGUGGGCCGCGGCCCAGGCUUCCAGGUGGGGACCUCGGAGCUCUGGAGGCACCUAAGGAGCGCGCACCGGCGGGAGGUGGAGGGGAGCGGCGCCCGACGCUCGCCGCCCCCUACGUCCUGCGCGCCGCUGUCCUGCCCCGCCGCGGCCGCCGAGGGCGACUGGGCGCGCCUGCUGGAGCAGAUGGGUGCGCUGGCCGUGCGCGGCAGCCGGCGCGAGCGGGAGCUGGAGCGGCGCGAGGCGGCCGUGGAGCAGGCCGAGCGCGCCCUGGAGCGGCGGCGGCGGGCGCUGCAGGAGGAGGAGCGCGCCGUCGCCCAGGCGCGCCGCGAGCUGCAGGCCCAGCGGGAGGCGCUGCAGGCGCGGCUGCGGGAACUGAGCCGCCGGGAGUGCGCGCCUCUCAAAGAGGACCCGGAGGGUGACAGGGACGGCUGCGUCAUAACGAAGGUCCUCCUGUAGGGGUUUGGUCCUUUCCACCACCCUACGCCUGCGCUCAUCCAAAUUGGGCGGUGGUCCGGUGCCUCGGUGCCUCAGCCUCGCCUGGGACAGGGGUGCUGACUCGGAAACUCCAAAUGUGGGGCUGUCCUCGUGCUGCUGACCUUUAGUUUGAGACGCACUUAGGAUGCUGGAGCAGAAUCAAAAACCGCGUCCUCAGUAGGGGCACCUGGGUGGCCUUAACGUGCGCAUGCGUGUAGGGGAUGUGGCACCCAGAGGAAGUCAGCCCUGCAGCAAGUCUCCUUGAGCCCCACUCACCUGAUGCCAAGACCACUUAGGGCUGGGGAACUGAAGACUUUGAAAGGACAAAAGCUUUUUUCCAUACCAAAGACUCAACACCACAUGUGCCUAUACACCUGGCAGCCCGAGGUGGAGGGCACGUGGAAAAGAGGAUAAAGCGUUUUACCCAAGCA